AUGCUGUUUUUGGCCCUGGUGUUCUUUGCAACUUUUUGUGUGUGUUGGCUGGGAGUGGCACUAUGGGUCAUCUAUAAACAGCUUUGCACGGAAUACAUCCCAAAGGGCAUUGGCCACCCUGUGAAGCUGAGGACCUUGAGUUAUAUGCUUCAGCUGUCAUUGACGUGGGGAAGAAUUCUUGAGAAACUAAGAAUCUGUUCUGCACCCCAAUUUGUCUGUUUUUUACAAGAUCUACUGCCCUUAAAGAAGGAUGCAAGUGUUACGGUCACAGAUCUCCACUUUGGAACAAUCCCCGUGAAGCUGUACCAACCCAAGGCAGCUUGUGGCACGCUCAGGACCGGCAUUGUCCUCUACCAUGGUGGUGGGUCCAUCCUGGGGAGCAUGAAAUCUUACAAUGGCAUAUGCUUACACUUGUGCAAGGAGAGUGACUCUGUAAUCCUGUCUGUUGGGUACCGGAAGUCGCCCAAGCACAGGUUUCCGGUCAUGCUGAACGACUGCGUGGUGGCCACGGUGCACUUCCUGAAGUCGCUGGGCGCGUACGGGGUGGACCCGGCCCGCGUGGUGGUGUUCGGGGACAGCAUGGGGGGCGCCGUGGCGGCCACCCUCUGCAAGCUCCUCCAGGCCCAGCCGGGCCUGCCGCGCCUGCGCGCGCAGGUGCUGGUCUACGCCGCCCUGCAGGCCGUGGACUUCCAGAGCCCGUCCUUCCGCCAGAACCACAACGUCCCGCUGCUCACCUGGGACCUGGCCUUCUACUGCUGGACCUCCCACCUGGCCAUCAGCCCGCACUGGCGCCGCGCCGUCCGCCAGGGGGCGCACCUGACGCCCGAGUUCUGGCAGCAGUAUGGCAAGUGGCUGGGCCCCGAGAACAUCCCCGAGCGCUUCAAGCCGCCCGGCUGCCGGCCCCCGCAGCCGGUGCCCGUGGACGAAGACGCCUACCUGGAGACCACCAUGGCGCGGAGGGAGGCGUGCUCGCCCCUGCUGACCCCCGACCGCCUCAUGGCUCGCUUCCCCGAGGCCUGCAUCGUCAGCUGCGAGUACGACGUCCUCCGGGACCACUCCCUCCUGUACAAGAAGAGGCUGGAAGACCUGGGGGUGCCCGUCACCUGGCACCACAUGGAAGAUGGCUUCCACGGGGUGCUCAGCACCCUGGACCUCGGCUGCUUGCGGUUCCCCUGCUCCCUGAGAAUUUGUGACCUGAUCGUCCACUUUAUCAAGGGGUUGUGA